CAUCUCACAUAUCCGUGAAAAAAUGCAGUUAUUUUGAGAAUGACGUCAACUAUAAUGUCUUAGGCUUUGACAUGUCACCAAUAAAUGUUUUCCUGCACAGCCCUUUUGAUGUGAUGAAAGCCGAUCAGAAUUUAGGUUAUACCGGUGAGUCGCUGCAAUUACGAGUCACAAGCAUGGAAAUCGUUACAGAAGAUAAAUUUGAAUUCGGUGCGGAUAUUAAGCGGCGCAAAUGUCGCUUCCAGCAUGAGAGCAAUUUAACUCACUUUCCGAUAUUUACACGCAACCUUUGUCAACAGGAAUGCCGCUUGAGUCUGGUUUUCAAAGUUUGCAAGUGCAUACCACAUUUUUAUGCGAAGAGCGGUAAUUGGGAACAGCAGAACGUCUUUUAAUUCAAAUACAUUUCUUUUUCUUUUCUACAAA